CUCAACCCAAGUUCACUGCACUCACAUCAUGUCUCUGCGGUUUCUCAAGCGGCCAAUUAAGCUUGCAUCGCGGCAUGCAAUUUCUCAGCUUCGUUCGAAAUCUAGCCUAGCGCAAUCGAACAAUGAUCUCACUUCGUUUCCCUCUCGGUGGUUCGCUGAUCUACAGGCCCAGCUAAAAGAAUUCACCAGCGAUCACUAUCCAGCCAGCUGCGUCCAAGAAGCCAAGAGACAAUUGGUGUCAAAUGAAGAGAACUGGUUGCAACUUUUGGCAGGACAGCAGGGGUUCCUUACCGAUAAGAAAUGGCGAGGUCUCGAUAACCACCAGCUCCUUUGGGGUGACAUGGAUAGCAUGGGUCAUGUUAAUAACGUAAUGUACAACCGCUAUGUCGAGACUGGGCGGGUGCAUUUCAUCCGACAGCAUAGUGAAGAUGCAGCAGAGCACGAAAAGUCUCAAUGGGACGACUUGCCAACACCACGUAGCCUCGGCCUUAUUCUCAGAAGUAUCACCACAGAAUACAAAUUUCCUCUUGAGUUUCCAGACCACAUCACUGUAUUAUAUAAACUGCUUGAAGCUCCAACUAAUGAGUCAACAUCACUCAAGAUGGAAGCAUGGAUCUUAUCGGAACAAUACCGCCGCUUGGCAGCACGAUGCAUCGACGACACUGUUAUCUAUGACUACACUACAGCCAAGAAGACGGUUCUGAAGCCUUUCAUGGUAGACAAGUUUCAGCAAACAUUUAGUAUGCAACAGGCAAACCAGAGGAAGUAUACGGAUCAGGCAAAAAGAGCAAUCCAGGCUGCCGAGGAGCUUCAGAUAAAGUACAAAUAGUUAUGCGGCUCUUGCCCAGAUUUUAUAGACACUUGGUAUAUGCAAUAACAGACCCGUGGAGCAGGGAACUUUCUAUAUUUAAUUUAUAAACUAGAAGGGAGACUCGAGAUUUCCGCUUCAAG